ACUUGUGCUAUUCGUUCCUUCUUUCAAACCCUCAAUUCACAACAGCAGCAUACGAAUUCGCCGGAGAAAUGCCACCAAAGUUCGAUCCAUCUCAGGUCGUUGACGUCUACGUCCGAGUCACCGGCGGUGAGGUCGGUGCAGCAUCUUCACUCGCCCCCAAAAUCGGACCUCUAGGUCUGUCUCCGAAGAAGAUUGGAGAAGACAUUGCAAAAGAAACCGCCAAGGACUGGAAGGGAUUGCGUGUCACUGUCAAGCUUACCGUCCAAAACCGUCAGGCCAAAGUCUCCGUUGUUCCAUCCGCCGCUGCUCUAGUGAUCAAAGCACUAAAAGAACCCGAACGCGAUCGGAAGAAGGUGAAGAACAUCAAACAUUCGGGAAACAUAUCGUUAGAUGAUGUUAUCGAGAUAGCGAAAGUGAUGAGACCGAGAUCGAUGGCGAAGGAGUUAACAGGAACGGUGAAGGAGAUCCUCGGGACGUGCGUUUCAGUUGGAUGUACCGUUGAUGGAAAGGAUCCUAAGGAUUUGCAACAGGAGAUUGCUGAUGGUGAUGUGGAGGUUCCUCUAGAUUGAUGGAGUACGUUUUAGGGCUAUAAUUUUGCUGGUAUUUUCGUCUCGUUGUAAGUGUUUCUAGCUAGGAAUUUUGAAAGCGAUUGCUUGCUUUUGAUAUAUCAAAACGAAUCCUAUCUGAAACAUCUUCGUUGAAUUCAGAUGAAUGAUUU